CCCUAGAAAAACCCUUCUCUCUCCUUCCCCGCAGCGGCAGACUCUUCUUCAACCUCUCACGAUUCCGAUCACCUGAGAUUGUAUUCGUUAAACACAGGAAGAUCUAUCAUGAAUCGUUUCACUACGAUACUGAAAACCUCCAUGAUCGUCAAAUCGCUUCUAUCGUCUCAAUUAUCCAGAGAAUGUUGCUCACUUCCUUUCCAGGUUUCUACUCUCUCGCAUUCUUCUCAUUCUCUCCACCGUCGUAUCUCUACCGUCUCUACUGUCUUAUCAUCUAAACAGAAUUCAUUUAUCGAUGAUAUACUUAUAAACGAUUGGUCAAAAGAUUUAGAACAGAAGUUAUCAUCUCUCGCUAUCCCUUCACAUGAAUCUGUAAUCUAUAUUUUGAAAAAACUUGAUAAAGAUCCAAACAAAGCUGGUAAGUUCAUCAAUUGGAUCUUUGAAACUAAUCGUUUUAAACCUAGCUCUGCUGUUUAUGGAUUAGUACUUAGAAUCCUUGCUAAUAAAGAGACGAUGACGCAGUUUUGGGCUACUGUGAAUAAAAUGAAGGAAUUAGGGUUUAGUAUUGACGAACCUACUUAUUUAACAAUUCGUGGUUACUUUUGUAAGUCGAAGAUGUCACCUGAUAUAACUGCUUGGACUGAAUUAUUCAAAAGAAUGACUAAAGAGAAUCAAUUGGAAGAUGAAGUGAUGAAAGUAGUUAAGCUUGCUUUGGAGAAUGAUUGGGGUAAAUUGACCGCGAUUGGAGCUCCGUUGUCGGAGGAUUUCGUAUUGAAGGUAUUGAAAGAGCUUCGUGAUUCUCCUUUGAAAGCUUUGAAGUUCUUUAAAUGGGCUGGAACUGGAUCUGGAAAUGGAUAUGAACAUAGUAGUGUUGCUUAUAACGCGAUUCUACGAGUUCUAGGUCGAACUGAUUCGAUAUGGGAGUUUUGGAGUAUGGUUGAAGAAAUGAAAUCUGUAGGUCAUUUUGAUAUGGAUAUUGAUACUUACAUAAAGCUUUCGAGGAGAUUUGAGGAGCGAAAAAUGUCGAAAGAUGCUGUUGAGCUUUAUGAACAUAUGAUGGAUGGACCUUAUAAACCGUCAACUAAAGACUGUGGAAAGCUCUUGCGAAGUAUUUCAUCAAAUUCUGAUUCUGAUCUUGAUCUUGUUUUUCGAGUGGUGAAGAAAUACGAAGAAACAGGGCAUUCGCUCACGAAGAUUGAAUACGAUGGUAUCCAUAGAUCUUUAACGAGGAUUGGGAGAUUUGAAGAAGCGAAUAAGAUUGUUGAAUCAAUGAGAAAUGCUGGUUUUGAACCUGAUAAUAUAACGUAUAGUCAGCUUGUGUUUGGUUUAUGUAAAGCGAAAAGGUUAGACGAUGCAGUUCAAGUGCUUGAGGAAAUGCAAGGCAAUGGAAUCAUUCCUGAUCUGAAAACUUGGACUGUUCUUAUACAAGGUCAUUGCGAUGUUAACGAAAUCGAUAAAGCUUUGUUGUGUUUCGCGAAUAUGAUGGAGAAAGGAUGCGAUGCUGAUUCCGAUCUUUUAGAUGUUUUGAUAAACGGUUUUCUUUAUAGGAAUAGGAUCGACGGCGCUUACACAUUGCUUGUGGAGAUGGUUCAGAAAGCUAGGUUAAGACCGUGGCAAGCGACGUAUAAGACUUUGAUUGGGAAGCUUUUAGAAGAAAGGAAACUAGAACAAGCGAUUAAGCUUUCGAAGCUCAUGAAGAAACAGAAUUACCCGAGUUUUCCUGAUCCAUUUGUUCGAUACAUUUCGAAAUUUGGAACAGUUCAAGAUGCCGAUGAUUUCCUCAAGUCUUUGUCGGGAAAGGAGUACCCUUCUAUCUCGGCUUAUCUUCAUGUGUUUGAAUCCUUUUUUAAGGAAGGAAGAUAUUCGGAAGGCGAGGACUUGCUUUUUAUGUGCCCGGUUCAUGUUCGGAAACAUGUGGCAGUUACUACCUUAUUUGGGUCGUCGUCGUCGAAAAAGAGCAACACUUGAGAUGUAGGUUUUACCCAAUUUCAAUAUUAGGGUUUCUUUUUAUUAUCUUGAAAAGGCUAGCACCCGAUUCAAUAAUGAUAUUUUUAACGAGUUUCCAAACAAGGUCAAUUAAUAUAUUUGAGCGGUAAAUU